UCUCCAGGGCGGCCCGCGCGAGGCUGGGGUCCGGCAGGCAGCGGCGCAGGCUCGGACCCGCGUCGCCGGGAGGACCCCAGCGCCCUCCCCCCUCCGCCUCGCCCGGCGCCCCGCGCGCCCACCCGGCUCUGGGGCUGUCACUUCCGCGCGCCGCCAGGCAGGGGACCGGCCGUCGUCGAGGAGGAUGCCCGGGUGCUGGCUGCGUCCCCAGGCUGCUGGCAGGCGCUGCCCAAGGAGGCGGUCGGGAUAGCGCCGCCCAAACUUUCCUUCGCUGCAGCGUCAGGCGGAAACAUCCCGCUCAGAGGCUCACGGAGAGCGCAGGAGGCUCUGUCGCCAGAGGGGACAGGCCCGGGCCUGCGCUGGGGAGCGCCCUGGAGUUCCUGGGGACGCUGAAGGCGCCUUAAGAACAGGACUGGUGUCCGGCCUGCGCCCAGGCGGGUCAGGUCUAGGGCGCGGCUGCCCCUUCCCGGCGCCCCGCAGUGACCGUGACCUCCGCGCGCUCCCCGCGCACGUGCUCGCGGCCGAGGACGAGGAGGGGUCUGGCUGCACCCGCUGGGCAGCGGCUCGCGGGGAGGCCCAGGGCGCACCGAGGCAGUGCGGGGGAGCGCGCACGCCGCGCCCCCGCCUCCCCCGGGAUCGGACUGGCGGCUGAGAGCUCAGAGCCGCCGGGUGUCUUGCCCGCCCGGCGGCGCCGCUGGAACCCGUGCCGGCCGGACUCGCAAAGGAGGGACAGGUGUAGCCUGCAUCUGCGGGCGCUGCGCUCCGAAGCACUGGGUGGGCUCGGCGGUCCGGAGGGGGCUUGCGGGACUCGGAGUUCCGGUCCCUGCCGCGCAGGCCAAUUGGCACCCCUUGGCGCUGCCAGCCUCAGGGAAGGAAGUCGCGGUGUAGCCCGGUCCCCAAGCGGCCGUCCAGGCGCGACCCUGGCUCCCACUGCCCGCGGCGGCGCCCGCAACGGCCCCGGAACCUAGAGGUGCGCGCGGUCGCCGCCGGCGCCGCCCCCAUGCUGCUCGGAGCGCCCAGGCUGUGCGCAUCCCGGGCGGCCGCCGCGGCGCAGAGAGAAGACGACGGCGACAGGCUGGGCGGGGACAUGGACGAGUCGUCGCUGCUGGACCUGCUGGAGUGCUCCGUGUGCCUGGAACGCCUGGACACGACGGCCAAGGUGCUGCCCUGCCAGCACACCUUCUGCCGCCGCUGCCUGGAGAGCAUCGUGAGCUCGCGUCGCGAGCUGCGCUGCCCCGAGUGCCGCAUCCUGGUGGGCUGCGGCGUGGACGAGCUGCCCGCCAACAUCCUGCUGGUGCGCCUGCUGGACGGCAUCCGCCAGCGGCCCCGCGCUGGCGCCAGCCCCGGCAGCAGUCCGCCCGCGCGUCCUGGCCCGGGCCCCAGCCCCGCUUCGGGGGCGGCCUCGGCCCUCGCGGGUGGCGGGGUCAGCUCCCCUGGAUCCCCAAUCCUCCUCCCCGCGGCUACCGGCGCCACCUCCAGCCUGCGCGAGCUGGCGACCAGCAGGAGCGCGCCCCCAGCAAAGGGCCCUCCCCCACCACCUGCCGGCAAAGCCCUGCUCAACCUCGAGGGGACAGAGCCUGGGGAACUCAGGUGUGGCGAAGGGGACGCUGUCGUCCUGCAGCGCCGGAGUGACGAGCUCUGGUACCAUGGCCUCCUGCCUGCUGGCUUCGUCCAGAGCGUGCGGCCGCUGCCCCCGGCCCCGCCCCAGGGCAAAGCGCUCUAUGAUUUCGAGAUGAAGGACAGAGACCAGGACAAAGACUGUCUGAGCUUCAGCAAGGAUGAAGUCUUGACCGUAAUCAGAAGAGUGGAUGACAACUGGGCGGAGGGGAAGCUGAGAGACAAGAUCGGGAUAUUCCCACUGCUAUACGUGGAGCUCAAUGAUGCCGCCAAGCAGCUGAUGGAGAUGGACAAGCUGGGCCUGGCCUCGGCGUCCGGCUGCCUUGCCUCCCUGCCCUCUGAGGCCGGCGCAGUGGCCAGCGUGGCCCCGGGUCCCACUUCAGGCAGCACAGGGGCAGUCAGCGCCUUCCAGCGGCGUGUGGACAGCAAGAAGAACGCCAAGAAGCGGCACUCCUUCACGGCGCUCAGUGUGACGCACAAGUCCACCCAGGCCAGCGGCCACAGGCGCUCCAUGGAGAUCAGCGCCCCUGUGCUCAUCAGCUCCAGCGAUCCCCGGGCCGCGGCCAGGAUCGGGGACCUGGUGCACCUGUCCCGCAGUGCUCCUGCCCAGGACUCCUCGGCCGGAUCCACCCCAGUGACCGAACAGCAGAGCACGGCUCCCAGAGUCCAGCUGCCUCUCAAUGUGUACCUGGCGCUCUACGCCUACAAGCCCCAGAAGAGUGACGAGCUGGAGCUGCGCAAGGGCGACACGUACCGCGUCCUGGAGAAGUGCCGGGAUGGCUGGUUCAAGGGCACGGCCCUGCGCACCGGACUCUCGGGCGUGUUCCCUGGCAACUACGUGACACCCGUCUCCAGGAUUCCUGUAGGAGGGGCUGGGCCACCCCGGAAUAAUGCAGUUGGAGGGUCUCCCCUGGCCAAAGGGAUGGCCAUAACCAUGCACCCAGGCGGUGGGAGUCUGAGCAGCCCGGCCACGGCCCUGAGGCCAGCCCUUCCCCUCACCACAGCCCAGGUCCCGGCCCAGCACCAGGCUGCCUCUCCCCCACUGGGCAGUUGUCUGAGGCACACCGUCCAGCCAGCAGCCAGCCAGGCCCGGAGCGCCGGCCCCACUGCUGCCCACCCGGCCCAGGUCCAGGGCCGGCCGACCGCCACGGUGUCGCCCCUGCGCACUCAGAACUCCCCGUCUCGCCUGCCCGCCAGCCUCAGGCCUCCCGCCUUGGGGUCCCCGCAGCACAGCCCCCAGCCAGUGACGCAGUGCCCCCGGCCGGCCAUCCCGCUCGCCUCGGCAGCCUCGGCCGUCACCCCUCCCAAUGUCAGCGCCGCCAACCUCAACGGGGAGGCUGGAGGGGGCCCCGCCGGUGGCCUGACCGCGUCCAGCCCCACCGGCGCGGGAGGCAGACCAGACGAGAGGAAAAACGAAAAGAAAGACAGGAAGAGUGGGCUGCUGAAGCUGCUGGCCGGUGCGUCCACCAGGAGGAAGUCGCGCUCCCCACCAUCCACCUCUCCCACCCAUGACCCCCAGGCAGUGGAUGCCUCGCUCCAGGGCGCGGUGGGGCCCGAAGUGUCCUUGCUGUCCAUCCACAGCAGGGCUGGGUCCUGUCCCAUCGAAGGCGAGAUGCAGGGCGCCUUGGGGAUGGAGCCACUGCACAGGAAGGCGGGCUCCUUGGAUCUGAGCUUCCCGUCACCCACCCGACCGGCUGCGUUCUCCACAAUCGCUGUCCGCCCUGAGCCCAAGCCACUUCCCAGAGAGAGGUACCGCGUGGUGGUCUCAUACCCACCCCAGAGCGAGGCAGAGAUCGAGCUGAAGGAGGGGGAUGUGGUCUUCGUGCACAAGAAGCGUGAGGAUGGCUGGUACAAGGGGACCCUGCAGAGGAACGGCCGCACGGGCCUCUUCCCCGGCAGCUUCGUGGAGAGCUUCUGAGGCCGUGCCUGCCCCCCAGGGACAGAGGUGCAGGGACCCCAGGGGAGCAGCCACCAGAGGCCCCAGUCCUUCCAGGCAGGCGGCAGGACCCACACACUGUGGGGUGGUUUGCUCCCAGGACCCUUCUUGCCCUCUACUCAUGGGGUUGACAGGGAGCACAGGCCCAGCGCAUUUGGAGAGCGUUCUCAAGGCAGCUCCGGGCUUCACUUGGGUCUGGAUUGCUCCUCACCCCAUCUAUACCUCAGGCACCACCACCAGGACCCUUAGCAUGGUGCCCUGGCCCAGGUCAUUGUUGGCCAGGUCCCUGAGGAAGCGCUCGGCUCCCGCGGGCGAGGUGUACACAGUGCUUCUUGCCUUGCUACCACGGUCCUGCUCCCGUGCUUCUUUCUUACACCUUUUUACUGCAAAGCUGUUAGACUUUAUAAAUCUCUAACAGGUCGUACACUGCCUAUUUUUCAUACAUCUGGUGCUGCCUUUUUGUAAAACUAGUAGGACUUGGUUGAAAAGAUCUCUGGGGAGACAGCAAAUGGGCAGAACUUCUGCAAGCACCCUGUGAGCCUGAGAAGCCUGGUGUUCACAGCCUCGGUCCUCCUGGGGCUAGAGGGGCCUCAGUGUUGGUGGGAGUUAGGAAAAGCCUGUCUCUUUAGCCCUUCCAGUGGCCCCGCUUCAUCUGGAGAUGUUCUGACAGGGAUGGCAGUGAAGGAACAAGAGGGGGGACCCCAGGCCACGAGGGCCUCCUGUCACUGUAGAGAGGAGACCACACCCAAGGCUUCCACUGUCAAAACGUGCAGUGGUCACCGCAGUUCAGAUUUGCCACCUUGUGGAGGUUUCACCAAGUUUCCUUUAAAUAGAUAACUACUCUGUUCUCAGUGCAAACCUUGGUCUCGAGACCAGAGACACGGGGCUAACCAGGGCCACCAAAGGCCCACAGGAGCAGAGUCAGGGGUGGCAGCCAUGCGUUGAAUGCGGGCUCUGGCUGGGAAAUGCUUGGCACUUUGCACAGUCACACACACGCACCCGUUGUUUCUGUUAGACACAGAUGUGUGUGAUUUUGGAGGAACGAACUGAUGACAAACCAUGAUGCCUGUGAUUCUGAGUCUUUAAAUAAAACUGAACGU